CAGUCGGAUGACGUGCGCGUAGAAGUAUCGCGGGAAGACGAAGGGAGCGUAACUCUUAGAAGUCACUAUGGUGACGGGGAGAUCCGGAGGCUUCUUGGUAACUGGUACCAACUAUUUGUGAGCCAUUGCCACCGCUUUCCUGGAACUUAAGGUAAAUCUCGUCAACUCUAGACGUGGUGAGAAAAGAGUUUGGAAGUUGUAGCCGUCACUGGAUCCCCAUAUUUCCUGUUUUGAAGAAAAUACAAUCAAGUGGCUUCUGAAAUUUUUGCUAGAAGUGGAGUCAUGAGACUGAAGAUAUCUCUUUUAAAAGAACCAAAGCAUCAAGAAUUAGUAAGCUGUGUGGGCUGGACUACUGCUGAAGAGCUGUAUUCAUGUAGUGAUGAUCACCAGAUAGUGAAGUGGAACUUGUUAACUAGUGAAACAACUCAAAUAGUAAAGCUUCCUGAUGAUAUUUACCCUAUAGAUUUUCACUGGUUUCCAAAAAGUUUGGGUGUAAAGAAACAAACCCAGGCAGAAAGCUUUGUCCUCACAAGUUCUGAUGGUAAAUUUCAUCUGAUUUCCAAGUUAGGAAGAGUGGAAAAAAGUGUAGAAGCUCACUGUGGAGCAGUACUUGCAGGAAGAUGGAAUUACGAAGGAACAGCAUUAGUUACAGUUGGAGAAGAUGGACAAAUAAAAAUUUGGUCAAAGACUGGGAUGCUUAGAUCAACUUUAGCUCAGCAAGGUAUGUUUUAUAAUUGACAAUUUCAUUUUUGCAAAUUAUACAAUACAAAAAUACCUUAAAGUUUUCCUUUAGAAACAAUUGAUAUGAUGGUUGAGACUUUCUUUGGCUGAGUUCAAAAUCUAUAAUCUCUUAUUUUUUACACUUUUUUGUCUUGCUUUCCUUGGUAUCUGAUGUACCAUGAUAACUAUUAUUUCAAGCCAAGAAAUAGAAGAAACACUCAAGGGCUUUUUCUUUAUGUUAGUGAAUCUCUGUGAAGGCAGUUACAAGCUAAAUAUUUUCAAAAAAUAGUUGUGAAAUAUUUGAAGCAUAUUUUAUAUAGAGUAGAAUUGGGUGUCUAGUACAAAAAGACAUUGAGUAUCUCUUUACUUAAAAACCCCCAAUAACUUCAUAAUAUGAGCACUUUUUCCAAAUUAAGUUGUAUGUUUGUUUUCUAUACUAAUGGAGGGGAACAGACACAUUAAGAAUCUGAAAUUUGGUAAACCACACUAUUUAGAGGAGCAUGUUAAUUUUCUAUGUUAAUAGCAAGGAGUGGCCAUAAAGACAAUCCAGUGGUCCUUCCUGUUGGGAAUUAGAUAACAUAUAUGAUUUUUUUCUGUGUAACAAAUUAAUUAGUUAUGUAGGAACAGUAAAGCAGUUUUAAUGUUUACCUGAACAUGUAUCAGCUAAUCUUCAGGUUGCCAAAAAACUUGUAGACUAUUCCUCAGAACUAUGUGAUAAAGUCAUAUUGUGAAACAUUUUUAAUAACUGACUUCUAAAAAUUUCCAAAUUUUAUUUUAAAAAUCAUGUUUACUUUUAGGAUAACAUUCAACUCACAUUUAUUCAGCUGUAUGUUAACUGAAUGUUAGUAAAGGUAACCAGAAAUACUAGGUAAUAUUUCUUUUCUGAGCUUAAAUGUUUGCUAUGGAAAUCCCAAGGUAGAAUGUUUAUUCAUGAUUAGAAAAUUCAGAGUUCAUAGAAGUAGCCAUGGGUUAAUUUCAGUUAAUAGCAAAAGUCAACUUAUUGUUACUUCAGUAAUAAAAUAUACCUUUAGAAUAUAAAUCUUACUUUAAUCUUCUAAUAGGCAGAUGGAUUUACUUUUGGCUUCAUAGAUUUUUCUUUUAAGGCUAGUUAUUUGACAUCCUCAUUUUGUGAUGAAUGACUUAUGAGUAAUUGACAGAAUUCUUCCAGAGAUCACUGGCCUCCUGGAAGAACUACAAGAAUUUCAGCCGCUGCUACUGCUGAGACUGUGUGCAGCAGCUGGAAUGCUAUAUCCAUUUUUCCUUUCUUUUCUCUUUCUUUUAUCAAUUUGUUGCCUGUAGAUGACACAGAUCUUCAGAGAAAUUCUAAAAGCCCAUCCCACUAUCCACCAUGGGAGAUUUUUUCUUUUUUUUUUUU